AUGGGAUACAAGGGCGUCAGGAUGGAGAUUGUUCUCUCAAAGUUGAUGGUGGUUGGGCAAGGAGGGUCUUUGCCGUUACAACAAGAUCCUGAUGAAAGUGAUCGGUGCAUUGCUAAACUAGUGAACCUGUUCCGAUACACUCUGGGUGGGCACAAAGGGGUGGCAGCAUUUAAGCCACACUUUGUGCUGUAUACAGCUGGAGCGUUUUAUACGAUGGAAGAGGUGACAAGUGGGUUUAGCUUGAUGCUGGUGUACUCGCUGUGUUUGCCUUUAGAUCUACGGUUUAUUCGCGGCACCAACGGCUCCGAUUUGUUGCGGUUGGAACUUGCUGACAACAUUAUGAAGCUUCUGCGCCCCGAAAAGCAGCUACGACUCUAUGUUGCUCGCCUUCAGUACGAAAUUCCGGAUUGCUAUGGAAGGUGGGACCAGAAGAAAGCCGUCGAGAGCGCGACUUGGUAUACUGUUCGUGGCGAGAAGCUAGGAAGUGGCUCUCCUUUUCCUGUCACCUGGACAACCUCAUUCAAUUUCUUAAAUCCAGGGAAAGAGCCAUUGGGUCAGCUUUGGAAAAGUGGAGAUGGAGAGUUUGUGUGUAGAUACGAGCGUUUGGCGAUUGUUGGAUGGCCUGCAUCGGCUGACAUAAGGAAUACGCACCGGUUCAUGGGGGAAGCUGCAGCAGCAGACUCGGUUUUUAUGGAUGAGCCUGUUGAUUUGGCUAGACUUCAGAUGUUACUGAGAUACGACGCAGAUCAAGGCAAUCAGGGAAAUGGCAAGCAGGUGCCAUGUCGAAGUGGACAAACUGUCAGCAAAGCACCUGUAUCUUUGGCUUGUUGCAAGAACCUCUGCAAGGCUAUUGUCGAGUCCGAUGACAUCCUACUGGUUGAUGUAUUCUUUAAGAAAUUUUUCAGCCGUCUGGGACAGAAGCGUGAGUUGAUCUCAUCACUUGCAGACAUCGUGCACAAAUUUGGCUGGGAGAUUGUAAAUGCGACUUACGUGCAAGCAUUUGAUGGCCUUCCGUACUCUGUUAGUAUGGGAUUGGUCUUGAAGUUAGCUGAUGCGCUCGUCGAUCUUCCAUCAGUAGCGGCUUGUCUCACGAUUUUGGCGGUGAAAAAAGCUGACACUCUAUUUGUCCCGACGAACUUGUGGAGUCUAGUUUUUCGUGAUGUGGGGAACGUGUUUACACGACUGGAAGCAAAAAUUAUUGGUCCAGUCGUUCAAUCUCUAUCAAAAUGCGCUUCUGCGUCGAGCUCACUGGAGCAUCGUAAGCUCCUACAGGCUUUGGCAACAAGGCGUCGGCAGUGGCUGAUGGAUCGGAUUGCGGAAACGGAGAAGCCAUUUGCGUGGGAAAUCGUCGACAUGAAUUUCGUCGGAGCUACUGGAAUGGCUGCAUUUUUGCAAGGUCCCAACACUUCGUACCAGGUUCGAUGUUUUAAAGAUGACGGUGGGUGGCAGAGGGCGAGAUGUGUACGUGCUUGUAACGAAACAAGCAGGCAAGUUCACCCAGAAGACGCAGGAUAUUCAUCGAUUCAAAAGCGAAAUUCAUCAGCUCAAUCGCAUAGCUGCUGA